GUGUAUAACUUGCUGCCGGUGAAGGAAUUGAAUGGCUAUCAGCAUGAUCUAAACAUGCUCUUUGAGGAUCCCCUGGACAAUUGCACUCCCAUGAAGCAAAUAGUUGUGGAUGGGAUCACCUAUGUUCCAGUAACAGGGAGGAAUGAAGAUGACACUUAUAGCAUCCUAAAGGCUAUGGGUUUAAAGGUUUUCACAAAUACCAGGGUGAGGAAACCUUGGUACUGCAGCCCUGUAAAUUACGGCUACUCCGUCCUUCCAGAAGCCGGCCUUGCAGCAGGCGCACCUGGAGCACCUAUGUAUGCAAUGAGGACAAGUGGCCUUCUGGGAGAUACAAUUUAUGAGACAUCAAGCAGUCCUGCAGUGGUGACAGAGACAGUCCGAAAGUAUUUCCCAGAAACCUGGAUUUGGAGUUUAGUACCUAUAAGCUCUGAGGGAAAUGCUGAUCUGGAUGUGACCAUCCCUGACACCAUCACCGAGUGGAAAGCCAGUGCAUUCUGCACUUCAGCAGACACAGGCUUUGGCCUGUCUCCGACAGUGUCCCUCAGGGCCUUCCAGCCCUUCUUUGUUGAGCUCACCAUGCCCUACUCUGUAGUGCGUGGGGAAUCCUUCACGCUAAAAGCCACCGUUUUCAACUACCUGACCACCUGCAUCAGGGUCAGUGUGACUCUGGCUCAGUCUACUCAUUUCCUGGCUAUUCCAGUGGAAAAGGAUGAAGUAUCUCACUGUCUUUGUGAGAAUGGGAGGAAAACCGUGGCUUGGCUGGUUACUCCAAAAUCUCUAGGGCAGGUGGAGUUCUCAGUGAGCACCGAGGCCCUUCAGAACCAGCAGCCCUGUGGGAACUACAUUGUGGAGACCCCUGAGAAGGGACGGAAGGACACAGUCAUCAGGCAGCUGCUGGUAGAGCCGGAAGGAGUUGAGAAGGAAACAACCCAGAAUUCUCUGCUCUGUGUAAAAGGAGUGCCUGUGAAAGAGAAGUUUUCCCUGAUGCUACCCGUAAAUGUGGUACAAGACUCAGGCAGAGCAUAUUUCUCAGUGCUGGGUGACAUCAUGGGCACUGCUAUGCAGAACCUGCACCAGCUCCUCCAGAUGCCAUUUGGCUGUGGGGAGCAGAACAUGGUCCUGUUUGCACCCAACAUCUACGUCCUGAACUAUCUGAACAAGACAGAGCAGCUGAGUGAGGAGGUGAAGACCAAGGCCAUUGGAUACUUAGUGAGCGGUUAUCAGAGGCAGCUGAACUACAAGCACAUAGAUGGGUCUUACAGUACCUUUGGACCACGUUAUGGCCAACCAGGGAAUACCUGGCUUACAGCCUUUGUCCUCAAGUCCUUUGCCCAGGCUCGGCAUCAUGUCUUCAUAGAUGAGAAACACAUCCAGGAUGCUUUGGUCUGGCUGUCCUACAAACAGAAGCAGAAUGGAUGUUUCCAGAGUUCUGGGACACUCCUGAACAAUGCCAUGAAGGGUGGAGUAGAUAACGAGGUCUCGCUGACAGCCUACAUCACUAUCGCGUUGCUGGAAGUUCCUCUGCCUGUAACUCACUCGGUGGUGCGGAAUGCUCUGUUCUGCCUGGAAACAGCAGCGGAUCAGAAAGAAAACCAUGUGUACACCAAGGCACUGCUAGCAUAUGCAUUUGCCCUGGCCGGGAAAAUGGACAAGCGGAAGACAUUGCUUGACUCACUUGAAAAGGAAGCUGUGAAAGAGGAUGGGUCUGUUCAUUGGCAGCGGCCUGGGAAAGAGCCAGAGGUUGAUCUCCCAUACUAUCGCCACCGAGCUCCCUCUGCUGAAGUGGAGAUGACAGCCUACGUGCUCCUUGCUUACCUCAGCUCUCAGCCAGCACCUUCCCAGGAGGAGCUGUCAUUUGCAUCUCGUAUUGCAAAGUGGAUCAGUGGUCAGCAGAAUCCCAAUGGAGGCUUCUCCUCCACCCAGGACACAGUGGUGGCUCUCCAAGCCUUGUCCCUGUACGGAGCUCUCACUUAUGCCAAGAGCAGGGCGGCUUCCAAAGUGAGGCUGCAAUCUGGAGGGAACUUCCAGCAAGACUUCCAAGUGGAUCCCACAAACCGACUGCUGCUCCAGCGCGUGUCCCUUCCCUGGGUGCCAGGGGAGUACAGCGUGGAGGUGUCUGGUGAAGGAUGUGUCUACCUGCAGACAAGCCUGAGGUACAACGUGCAGCCCACGCAGGAGGAUGCACCUUUCAUGCUUCAUGUGUACACAAUCCCAGAGACAUGUGUGGACUCCAAGGCUCACAAGGUCUUUGACAUUGGCAUAAAUGUCAGUUACACUGGGGAGCGCAACAGCUCCAACAUGGUGAUUGUUGAUGUGAAGAUGCUGUCGGGAUUCAUCCCCUUGAAGUCCUCAGUGAGGAAGCUGGAAGGCCACCCUGUUAUUCAGCGUACAGAAUUAAGUACCACCCCUGACCUUCCACCACUUCCCUUCCCCAGCUGAGCAGUGAGACCCUCAGCUUCUCCUUCACGGUGGAGCGGGACAUCCCCGUGCAGGACCUGAAGCCAGCCCAGGUGAAGGUCUAUGACUACUACGAGACAGAUGAGUUUGCCACACAGGAGUACAGCGCUCCCUGCACCACAGGUGAAGCACUUUCCCAAAGUUGAAUAGGGCUUGAACUCACAUAGCCACCAGAA